UAGGAAAAGAAGAUAAGCCAUUUUGUUUCACGUCUGUAAUACAAAACUAAAAUAAUUUUAAGAUGUAUCAGCACUUAAAGAAACAUUUGUCUGGUCAACUUGAACUAUUGGAUGAGUCAAAUGUUUAUCUACAGAGUAGCAUCAGUGAUUUUGUACAGCAGGUUAAGAUCAGAGCCACUACUGACUCAAAUAAAGAUGUAAAAGAUGCAAUCGCUAUGGUAACAGCAGCUCAAAGUACUUUGCAUGAUCUCACAUAUAAGUUUACAGAAUCCACCAAGCUCUACCCUCCCACUGUGAUAACAGGAGAAAAGACAACACCAGAAAGUGUGCAACCAACAGACAGCAGAUUUAUUUCUAAAGAUUUAUUAUCUGAUGAAUACAAUUCUGAAAUAUCUAGACGACUAAAGGAUAUUGAAACAACUUUAUCAUCCCUUCAAGACACAAAACAAACGACUGAAGAUGACAUAUCAGAAGUAAAACAAUGGAGAGACAACUUUGCAACAGAGCAAAGUGAUAUAGGGAUAAAAAUUGAAAAGUUGUCCAAGAAACAUAAACAAAAUUUUAAAAACAUUAGGAAACAAAUAAAUGAACAAGAUAACAAAGUUGAAAAGCUUUAUGAAGAAAUUGAAAGUUUUAAAGAAAAAGAAUCAAUAUCUAAUAAAAUGUUAGAGAAAAUGUCAAUAGAUUUGAUAGAUUACAAAAACAAUUUAGACAAUAUGAAUAAAGAGAUACAGGUUCAGAUAGAUAAAAAAGAAAACUUAUCACAAGAAAUUAGGAGCCAUUCAGAUUUGAUAUCAACAAUACAAGACGAUGGAAAGAAAAACAUUAUACAUACAACUAAAUUGUGUGAAAAUAUACUGUCUAAGCAAACUGUUAUAUGUAAACUUCUACAACAAAGAUUGAUGCCUAUUGACAAAUUGAUUCAAACUUUUAAUAGACAUUUUGAGAUUAAGGAGAGAAAAGUGAAGAUUGAAACUCAGGAAAAAGAUGUUUUAACCUUGUCACCGGAUUCGCAGACAUUUGCCAAUCAACAAGUUAUACUUCCUACACUGGGGUUUAUUGCUUCACAAGGAGGGUGGAACGGGAUGUUGCAUUUCGAAAACGAAGUUAUUACUUUCAAGUCUGUAGAAUGUAAUGUAGGAGACCAUUUUAAUCCAAACACUGGAGUAUUUACUGCCCCUGUUGGUGGCCUGUAUAAAGCAAGUCUCACAAUAAAACAGACAGGAGAUCGUGCUGUAAUAGCUGGUGUUUAUCACAUUUCUGAUGACGUCGGAUCAUGGCUCGGUAUGAUUGACACAAUAGACAAAUCCGUUAAAGUUUCAGAAACAUUUCAGGUGUAUAUGAAAGCUGGAGAUAAAUUAUUAUCAACAACUUCCUGUGAGGAUUUUGAAUGUACGCAGUUUUCUUGUUUACUCCUUAACACCUAAUUUUCAUAAAGAACAAUAAUUACAAGCAAUAACAAUGAUUUAUUUUGUAAAAUAAAAUAACACACUUUUAGCCAUA